AUGGAAGCUGCAUCUUCCAAAAGACCAAGACAAACCAAAUCAUCUGCCCGCCGUCGGAAGCCUAGGACCCCAUCACCUCCAUCUAGAUCCCCAUCACCUCCACCUACGUCCCCAACACCCCCAGCCGACCCAUCUCAUUGUGGUGUCAUAUGGUGGCACGGCUUGUUGAGGGUCCAUGAAUUGAGCUAUAAAGUCCCAAUAGAUGAGUUUCUAUCCUCAGUUUAUUUGGACCACGGGAUCCUCUCCUUCCGUCUAAUGAAUCAAUACUAUGAGAUCUCUUUGGAUGAAAUCAAUGCCAUUGUGGGGGCCCGAACGGAAAACACAUUUGGCCCCACUGACCCAAUUCAAGGAUACUUUGACUUGACAUGGUGGACCCAACUCACCCAAUUACACCCAUAUGUCUCUAGCGCUGCUAAAGCCUCAUCACUUAUCCAUCCCGUGAUGAAGGUAGGCCAUAGAAUCAUUGCUUCGCUUGUCGCCCCUAGAGAGGAGCGAAGCACCAUCAACGCACUAGAACUCAAAAUCCUCUAUGCAAUGACCCAUCUCGAGAAUAACCUCAUUCCUCAUUAUGGUCGGUUUCUAUGCCACAAACUCAUCCGCCUAAACACAUCCCGAUUGGGAAAGAUUGUUUGCGGGGGUAUUGUCAGCAUGCUCGCCAAGAGCGCCCAAAUCCGAGCCCCAUACCCCAGUCCCCAUUAG